GCAAUGCUAUAUGGGUAAUGAGUGAAUGUUGUCUUUCCAAAAAGAAAACUAAUCAGUGACACCUCCUUUUUGUUGAGUUUAUUGCCAUCUUAAUUCAUGAGUGAGAUAAACAGUAGGUGAUAGUGAAGUUCUGCUGAAAGUCAGAGAAGAAGAAAGAAAAGGAAGUUCUGAUAAAGGAAGGAAAGGGAUCCUAUGGAUCCCCUUUUUAGGAAUUUGGUCUAGGUCUAUUUGUCCGUUUUGAGUUUGUAGAUUCCAUACUGUUUCACCCGGUCCUUUCUUCGUCUUUUCACUUCUUAUAUUAAGCUUUCAUGUGUUCUUUUCCACAUAAAAUCUCCAAAAGAAAGCACAAAAAGACAAUAUUUUUCUUCCUUCUCAUCUAUCUAUAUUUCGCAAUUGGUUGUGCCAGUCAAGUCUACUUUCUACAAUUCGUCUAUAAUUCAGGGUGAUAAUAAAAUCACUGUCCCACAAUCCCCUACUCACAUUAUGUAUGCUUAGUUUUCAGCAUCUUCAGAAUUCAGUUAAACUGAAAUCUGCUUGUAUUUUUGAAUCCUGGUAUUUUUCUGAGGAAAUGACAACAGGGGAGCAACCGAAUUCCAGAGGGCAAGCAUGGUUUUGCACAACGGAAUUGCCAAGUGACCUUUUGGUUGAAGUAGAGAAGAUGAACUUCCAUCUUCACAAGUCCCCUAUGAUGUCAAAAAGUCGAAAGCUUCACCAGCUAAUAACCGACCAAGAAGCAAAUCAUUCCUCUGCUACCACACCAGAAGCAGAAGAGGGGGGCAAACACUGUCAUUUGGUAUUCGCAGAUUUCCCCGGCGGCUCCGAGACCUUUGAAUUAGCCGCGAAAUUCUGUUUCGGCGCCAAAAUCGACUUAUCUUCUUCCAAUGUGGUUCCUCUCCGCUGCGCCGGGGAAUUUCUCGAGAUGACGGAAGAACACUCCGAAGAAAACCUGAUCUCCAAGACGGAGACCUUUCUCUCUCAGUCCGUGCUAAACGGCCUCAAGGACUCCAUCAUAGCUUUGAAAUCCAGCCAGCGCUUAAUGCCUCUCGCAGAGACUUUAGGAAUCCCGCGGAGGUGCGUCGAUUCCAUCGUCUCCGAAGCACGGUUUAGGUGGCCAGUGAGCGAUUCCGCUUACACACUGCGGGGAAGAAGAAAAGCCAUGAUCGAUGGUGAAGAGGACUCUUGGUUUGGGGAGCUCACGCUUCUAGGUUUACCUAUGUUCAAGCAAUUAAUUAUCGCCAUGAAAGGAUCUGAGUUGAAGCCGGAGAUAAUCAAAACCUGCCUAAUGCAUUACGCUAAGAAACACAUUCCAGGCUUGUCGAGGUCCAAUCGGAAGGCUUUGACAUUGUCUUCUUCAGAAGCAGAACAGAAAGAGUUACUUGAGAUUGUGAUCUCGAACCUCUCAUCCAAGCACUCCACGCAGGUGAGGUUUCUCUUCGGACUGUUGCGAACCGCUGCCAUGCUGAGUGCUUCGGAAGCAUGCAGAGACGUGUUGGAGAAGAAGAUAGGAUCGCAGCUCGAUGAAGUUACUCUCGAUGACCUUCUCAUACCUAGCUAUUCAUAUCUAAACGAAACUUUGUACGAUAUCGAUUGCGUAGCGAGGAUUUUACGUUACUUUUUAGAAGAAGAGCGAAAAGUGGCUGCAAUCGACGGCUGCGAACCAACGUCGCCGGCGAUGAUGCUCGUCGGAAAACUCAUCGACUGUUAUCUUUCAGAGAUCGCUUCCGAUGCCAAUCUCAAGCCUAAGAAAUUCUACGAUCUUGCUAUCUCAGUUCCUGAUCAAGCGAGACUGUUCCACGAUGGUCUCUAUCGUGCCGUAGAUGUCUACCUCAAGGCGCAUCCAUGGGUUUCGAAAUCGGAUAGGGAGAAGAUUUGUGAAGUGUUGGACUGUCAGAAACUUACACUGGAGGCGUGCACGCACGCCGCGCAGAAUGAAAGGCUCCCGCUGCGAGCGGUGGUUCGCGUGCUCUUCUUCGAGCAACUUCAACUGAGGCACGCCAUCGUCGGAACGCUGAUGGCAGCGGAGGAGCCGGCAAGGCUUUCGGUGCCGUCGAAGGAUGCAGACGGGGGUGGAACAGGGGAAGGAUACACGUACGAUGGCGGCGAUAUUAACACGUGGCAGGUAACGGUGAGGGAGAAUCAAGUGCUUCGCUUGGACAUGGAUAGCAUGAGGUCGCGGGUGCAUCAGCUAGAACGAGAGUGUUCUUCGAUGAAACGGGUGAUUGAGAAGAUGGACAGGACGGGCCCACAAGGCGGCGGGGCGUGGCUCGCUUUGGGUAAGAAGUUCGGUUGCAAGUUCAAAACGCAGGUUUGUGAUUCCCAUGAGCGGACAACGGUGGUUGACAAGCGCGAGGGUAGGCCCCACCGGCGUCCUCAUCGUGAACAAUAAGUAGAGUAGCACCCUAGUAAAACACCUUGCUGGAUGACACGUGAGAAUAUGAUUGGACUUUGGAAUGCGUGAUAAUGGGUUCCACUGGUGCUGAAGUAGAAUGGUUCUAUGUCGUUUGUGCCCACAUUGUGUUUACCUGUAAAUACACCCAAUAAA